UUCCUGCUCCUUGGAAACCAGAGGCCAAGAUUGGAAAUCCACGGCAAACACGCUCAUAUACGCCCCUCUCCCUUGGUCCUUCCUCCCUAGUCAUGCUGUCUUCUGUCUCUUGCUCACAGUAGUAGGAGGUUUAGAAUCGAGUAGGAUUAGCGCCAUGAGGAUGAGCUGCAAUGGAUGCCGCGUGCUGCGCAAGGGGUGCGGCGAGAACUGCAGCAUCCGCCCCUGUCUGCAGUGGAUCAAGAGCCCCGAGUCGCAGGCCAAUGCCACCGUCUUCCUCGCCAAGUUCUAUGGCCGCGCAGGCCUUAUGAACCUCAUCAACGCGGUCCCCGACCACCUCCAACCUGCCAUAUUUCGAUCCCUGCUGUACGAGGCUUGCGGCCGGAUCGUCAACCCAAUCUACGGAUCCGUCGGGCUGCUGUGGUCCGGCAACUGGCAGCUGUGCCAGACAGCAGUGGAGGCGGUGCUCAAGGGCGCCCCCAUCGUCCAGAUCCCCUCCGAGACGGCGGCCUCCACCCCGGCCCCGCCGCUCCAGGCCUGCGACAUCCGCCACGUCUUCAAGAAACCCAGAACCGCCGCGGAACUCCACAACGUCAACAAGCCGCGGUCCCUGUUCAAGCGCACCGGCUCCAAGGCUGCCAGGACGGCGACCACCCGGCCCGAGUUCCCUCGCGCCCGGAGCCACGAGUCGGAGGCCAGCCACCCGACCGAGCCCGCCGCUGCAGUGGUCGAGCGAAACAGAAAAGGCGGUGAGUGCCGGGAGAACGAGUGCAUGUCCUUGGCGGACACCGCGGAGGAGGCGUCGCACGUAAGCCAGGGAGAGCCGGACGAGACCGAGGAGGACGAGCUCGGCCUCGAGCUCACGCUCGGGUUCAAACCGGUCUCCUGGUGGUCUCGGCUCGUUCUCAGUGACCGGGAUACCAAAGCGUGUACAACCGACCUCAAUCUCGCGCCGCCCUCAGCAACAUCAUGAACCAAAUCAAAGCAGCGUCGGACAUAAAUGAAGUGCAUAUAAGUUCUUUUUAGUAUGCUUUGAGGAAUUUUGUUUCGCAAUAACAGUCUCCCUUUCGUUCUACAAUUCAUUCUCCUUAUCUUUUUGGGUAGUACAUUCGGCGUUAGGUCAGAAUAGUUUAAUGUGUGAGGUCCACGUUGGAUGCCAUUCUCAUGUAUGAGUAGUAUGUAUACUUACGAAGAUGAGAUCAUAGUUUCCUCCUUUA